UUUCCACUGUUUUAGUCCUCCUCUUGGGGUCCAGAAGUCUCUUGCUGACUCCCUGUAUCCUCACAGGGGUGAUGACAGGCAGAUCCCACCAGCCAGAGAUGCCUGGAGUCCUAUCUCCCCAGACUCAUGGUGUCCAGAUGCAAGGAGGCUGUUACUCGGCCACCAUCUUGCUCUCUCUCCUGUAAUCCCAGCUCUACAAUUCCAUCCCUUCAUCCUGAGUCUAUUUUUAUCCUUCAAGAUUUGCAGGAGGUGCUGGCAGCUCUUUUUAGAAUGGCUUCCCAAUUCCAUUUUAGAACUCUGAACCAGAGUGACACCAUCUUGCAGAUCACAUUCCACAGUAACCAGGAAAAGAUGGGAUUGAUUUCCUUUCUGCUAUUUAGAAGGCCUCAAGCUACACCAUGGCAUGUCUUAAAUCUGAUGUCAAAUUUCUGGUGUCUUUGGUGCUUCAUGAAGAAUAUUUCCAGAUAUAUCACAGACAUUAAACUUUUGCCUCCCAACAUAAAAGAUAGACUGAUUAAAAUAAUGAGCACACAGGGGCGAAUAACAGAUUCAAAUAUAAGUGAGAUUUUACAUCCUGAAGUGCAAACUCUAGAUCUGCGGAGCUGUGAUAUUUCAGAUACCGCUCUCCAGCACCUGUGUAACUGCAGAAAACUGAAGACAUUAAAUUUAAAUUCCUCAAAAGGAAACAGAGUUUCCAUAACUUCAGAAGGAAUAAAAGCUGUGGCUUCAUCUUGUUCAUACCUGCAAGAAGCGUCAUUGAAAAGAUGCUGCAGUCUCACUGAUGAAGGAGUCCUUGCUCUAGCACUCAAUUGCCGGCUGCUAAAGAUCAUUGAUUUAGGUGGCUGCUUAAGUAUUACUGAUGUGUCCUUACAUGCAUUAGGAAAAAAUUGCCCAUUUUUGCAGUGUGUCGACUUUUCAGCUACUCAGGUAUCUGACAGUGGUGUGGUUGCGCUUGUUAGUGGACCUUGUGCCAAGCAAUUAGAGGAGAUCCAUAUGGGACAUUGUGUAAAUCUGACUGAUGGAGCUGUAGAAGCUGUCCUUACUUACUGUCCUCAGAUAUGUAUAUUACUCUUCCAUGGAUGCCCACUAAUAACAGAUCAUUCUCGAGAAGUCUUGGAGCAAUUAGUAGGCCCAAACAAACUAAAGCAAGUGACAUGGACUGUUUAUUGAUGGUAUUUGAGCUGUUAUAAGAGAAACUUGCCAAUAUGGAUAAACUUUAGGAGAAUUCUAAGUAAAGGUAUUUCCAAAAGCAUAACUACCUUCCUCGCUGUUUUCUGGCUCUUACCUCCAUGAAGUAUUUAAAUGUCCAUUUGCCAAAAGCAACCUGAACAUCAUUCUUCUCAGAAUUUAAUAUUUCCUUGUUUCACUGAUAUAAAGUGAUUUAUUAGCCAUUUGGCAUUAGUGAGGCCCUUGAACAGACACCUAUUUCAUUGAUUUUUAUGGCUUCUCUUCCCAAAUACACUUUAUCCAUCUGUAAACUUUUCUUUCUUAGCAAAAUUGCAUUAAAAAGGUAUAAAAAUGAGUAAACACAGAAUAUCAUUGCAAAGAUUGUAUUCUUGAAGCUCUGUUGAGUUCACAUUUUUACAUUUUCAAAUAAACAGUAAAGGUCUUGGUUUUUGAAUGAAAACUCUUUGGUAAUCACAAAAUUAUCUGAUAUGACACAUACUGUGUUUAAACUAACCCCUAAUUUAGCAUACACCCUGUGCCAUGAGCCUGUCCCACUGGGACUUUCUUAAAAGGAAAAGUAUGGUAUGGUGGGGCGGUGCCUGUGGCUCAAUGAGUAGGGCGCCGGCCCCAUAUGCCAAGGGUGGUGGGUUCAAACCCAGCCCCAGCCAAACUGUAACAAAAAAAUAGCCGGGUGCUGUGGCGGGCGCCUGUAGUCCCAGCUACUCUGGAGGCUGAGGCAAGAGAAUCGCUUAAGCCCAGGAGCUGGAGGUUGCUGUGAGCUGUGUGAUGCCACGGCACUCUACCUCGGGCCAUAAAGUGAGACUCUGUCUCUACCAAAAAAAAAAAAAAGUAUGGUAUGGUAAGUUUCUGGUACAUGUUUGGGAGGAGGGGGUACAUGUUCAACUUCAUUUCUUGUCCUUACUAUUAAUUUAUAAAUGUGGUAUGCUUAUAUAUAUAUAUUGCCAAUACAAUGGUGAUGCAUAUGUAUAAAUGGAUAAAAUAGGUAAGGCCUGUUCUACCUGUGAAAUUUUUCUAAAGACAAAUUUAAUAAAAUUUAAUAUUGAAUGUCUAACCAAGUCAAUAGUAUGUUCCUCUUUUCACUGGAACUAGUUCUAAGAUCUAAGGUGUGAGCUUCUUAGGAUCUAUAAAGGAUUUUAUCUUCCUAAAGAACUUUGUGGUUUGAUCUUAUUUUAUAUUGCUAGUAACAUUAGCUAUUUCUCACCGCUCUGUUCAAAAUAUCAAGACCAGGUGGUGCCCGUAGCUCAGUGGGUAGGGCGCCGGCCUCAUGCAGCAGGGCUGGUGAGUUCUUGAACCCAGCCCUAGCCUGAUAAAAAUUUUAAAAAAGCUGGGUGUUGUGGUGGGUGCCUGUAGUCCCAGCUACUUGGGAGGCUGAGGCAAGUGAAUUGUUUAAGCCCAAGAGUUGGAGGUUGGUGUGAGCUGUGAUGCCACUGCCCACUACCGAAGGCAACAUAGUGAGACUCUGUCUCCAAAAAAAAAAAAAAAUUAGUCAGGUGUCAUGGCACCUACCUGUAGGUCCUGCUACUCAGGAGGAUUACUUGAGUCAGGCAUUUGAGGUUUUAAUAGCCAUUAUGACACAUGUGGCUCAUCCUAGGCACUGUACUCUAGUGUGAGCCAUAACGGAGUGAGACAUUGUCUCAAAGCAAAGAAAU